AUGUCCGAACGCGAGGUGAAGCAAGUCAAGGAAGAUCAACAGGCCGAGGUUGCUCCCGCUGGAAAAGCUCAAGAAGCGGAACCGGUGGAUGUCAAGGGAGGCGAAGCUGUUGAGGAAAGCAAGGAGGACGAAGUAAAAGAUGAAACUGCAUCUGAAAGCACCAACGGGUCCAAGAAGAGGGAGCCUGAAGGGCCAGCCAAGUCUGAGCCAGAAAAGAAAAAGAAGAAAAAGAGAAGAACCUAUGACGACGAUGAAGCAGAGUCGAAGCCAAAAGAAGACGAAGGUGCCAAAGAUGAGGGAGAAGAUGACAAUGAAAACGACGAUGACGACGAUGACGACGACGAAGAGGAGGAAGAUGACGAGUACUAUGACUCCAAGGCGAACGGAGAGGACGACGACGAAGAAGAAGGCGAUGAAUUGAAUGAAAUUGACGAAAGUAACAUCAUCACUGGCGGUAGACGUACCAGAGGCAAGCAAAUUGACUUUAACGAAGCUGCUGCAAAAUUGGACAAGGAGAACGGUCUCUUGGAGGAGGUGGCUGAGGGCGAAGAAGGAGAAGAGAUUGCUCCUGAGGAAGAUGACGACGACGACGACGACGACGAGGGGGGGGAAGAAUAUAAAGAAGAAUAA